AUUCUACUUUAUCUUCUUUUAUCAAUAAUAUCUUUUACCUAACGUUACUUCUUACGUUUAGAAUGUUACACUUACGAUUAAUUACUGAUAAGAAAGCAGAAAAUUAUUUCUGAAAAGAGAACGAAAUUGCCAAUUAUUGCAUUAUUGAUUUCAAAUAUACCGCUUUUCUUCAAUGAAUUUACCUAUGUUCCGGCUUGGAAUUGAGUAUAGAAAAGCUUUAUUUUAAAACAUUAAAAAAUGGCUGAUGAUGAAGAAGAGAAAGAAUACCGGUGGGAGACUGGUUAUGAAAAAACAUGGGAAGCAAUUAAAGAAGAUGACCAUGGAUUGUUGGAAGCAUCUGUUGCAGAUAUUAUUCAUAAUGCUAAAAGAAAGCGUCAGAUGAAUAGAAAGAUUGGUGCCAGAUUAGGAAUGAUGAGACAUCUUUAUAUAAUUUUGGAUGCUUCUGAAUCAAUGUCAAUUCAAGAUUUUAAACCAACACGUUUUUUGUGUUCUUUAAAACUUUUAGAAGAUUUUGUGGAUGAAUUUUUUUAUCAAAAUCCUAUAAGUCAGCUGGGAAUAAUUAUUACAAGAAAUAAAAGAGCAGAAAAAGUGAGCGAAUUAGUUGGAAAUUCCAAGAAACAUAUUAAGGAAAUACAAAACAUGCAACAGAUUACACCAGCAGGUGAACCCUCACUGCAAAAUUCUUUAGAAUUAGCUUUAAAAUCUUUACGCCUUCUGCCAUCACAUGCUAGCAAAGAAAUACUUGUAAUCAUAGGAGCCCUUACCACUUGUGAUCCAGGAGAUAUUAAUGAAACUAUACAAAGCAUGAAAACAGAUUGUGUAAGAUGCAGUGUGAUUGGGUUAGCUGCUGAAUUAUAUAUUUGUAAAAGAAUGGCAACAGCAACUGGUGGAGAACAUGGAGUUGCAUUAGAUGAUAAACAUUACAAGGAACAGUUGAAUAUGCACAUAGAUCCACCGCCAGCUGCGACUAGACUAGAUGCUGCUCUUGUAAAAAUGGGCUUUCCUCAUCAUGCAUUGCAUUCUUCUGUAAACGAUUCUGCUAUGGCAGUAUGUAUGUGCCAUGCCGAAAAUUCUGAAGAAUCUGUUAAACUUAUUAGUACAGGGUAUUUGUGCCCGCAGUGUCUCAGUAAACAUUGCGAACUUCCUGUUGAGUGUAGAGCAUGUGGGCUAACUUUGGUAUCUGCUCCGCAUCUAGCUCGAUCCUAUCAUUACUUGUUUCCUGUUGAACCUUUCGACGAAAUCGUAUACGAUGGAACUCGUUCGCUUUGUUACGGUUGUCAGAAAAACUUUUCACAGAUAGAUAAAAAGGUAUACGUUUGCAAUAAAUGUAGCCAAACAUUUUGCUUAGAUUGCGAGAUAUUCAUUCACGAAUCUUUACAUACAUGUCCAGGAUGUGCUACAAAUCCAGAUACAUAUCAAAGAUCAACGGAUAGAUCGUAAUUUAUUAAAUGCAAGGAACCCGAGAGAAGCUUACCGAGCGGUUAACGCAGACUGUUUUAAAGUUAUGGUGGGAGGUGAUUGAAGUUUAUUAGCUAGCGGACAGGUGGAAGCGAGCAUCGUGAUAUUAGAGCACAUUAUUAGUUUGCGAUC